AUGGUCAAACUCGAAGCCUUGCUGGGCCUAGGAUCGAAGCGCCUGGCAGUCUCUCGUGUCUCUACAGCACGCCUUGAGAGGGCCAUGAACCAAGAGUUCAACGGUGACGGAAAAAAUUCGCCGGAGGAGCUGAGAGCUGAGCGGUCGAAGUCAGCCAGCACGUCAUUGAACAGGCGAGGGCGCACAUGGUCAGAGGUUUGCCAGACACACAGUGUGAAAGGGGCAGUGGCCUACCUCGCCUGUAAAGCCACUUUGUCACAGCGGAUCCACGUACGAAGGGCCUGCUUUGGGUAGCAGGGUGUCUACCGUUUCUCGCGCUAAACACCUGCACGCCGACCGUUGA